AUGGAGGGCCUGGGCGUGGCUGCAAACGUCAUUGCGGUCAUUGACCUCUCCGCCAAGGUCACAUCAGCGUGCGCUGCGUAUUUGAAGGCUGUCAAGAAUGCCAAGGCCGAUAUUGAGCGACUGCAGAGCGAGCUCGGUAACCUCGAUGUCGUCCUGCGCGGUGCAGAGAGUCUUGUGAAAGGCCCUAAUGCCAGCAAGCUUCAGACGAUGGAGCAGUUGAAGAAGGCUCUUUUUGAUGCUUCAUCUCAACUACAGGGACUUAUCAUCCAGUUGGAGGAGAAACAGGGAAAGACUCGCAGGGCUAUGAGGCGGUUUGGGGUUCGCGCUUUGAAAUGGCCCUUUCAAAGCUCCGAAGUCGACAGCAUCAUCUGCGGCCUCGAAAAGAGCCGGAACAACAUCUCGGUGGCUCUGGUCAUUGACAAUACGGCCCUUCAUAUUGAGACUCACCGCACGCUUGACAUGUCUAGGAUUCCCGUGGCGACAGGCGCCGCCUUUGAUUCCCAGACGAAUGAGCAUGAUCCAAAGUGCCUUCCCAAUACUCGAGUUGAGCUUCGACAAACCAUCACCACAUGGGCAGAGGACCCCUAUAGCGACACCAUAUUCUGGCUCAACGGCAUGGCAGGGACAGGAAAGUCCACAAUCUCAAGGACUAUCGCCCACUCAUUUUCCCAGAAAAAGAUGCUCGGAGCGAGUUUCUUCUUCAAAAGAGGCGAGCGAGAUCGAGGCAACGCGUCUCGUCUGUUCACAACCCUUGCUGCCCAGCUCAUAACUCGGCUGCCCGAGAUAGGACCGUCAACCAUCAAGGCUAUUGAGAGGGAGCCGGAUCUCCCAAACAAGUUCAUCCAAGAACAGUUUGAAAAACUCAUCUUCGAUCCGCUCCACGAGUUAGACUACCGCGUGUCUGCCCCGAGAGUUUUCGUUCUUGUCAUUGACGCGCUCGACGAAUGCGAUCGACUUGCUGAUGUCCGACUCAUCAUCAACAUAUUGACGAAGCUCAGAUCUCUGAUAUCGAUCAAGUUGAAAGCCUUUGUGACAAGUCGACCUGAGCUUCCGAUCCGUCUUGGCUUCAACAGCAUCAAGGGCAAAUACAGAGAUCUCAUCCUGCACGAGAUACCCAAGCCUGUCAUCGAACACGACAUAUCCGAGUUCUUUUAUCACCAACUUGAGCAAGCUAGGCUUGAGUACAAUUGCCAGUCGGAUUACAAUGACCAGCUCGGACCUGAAUGGCCGGGUACACAUGCGACUAAUGCUCUCAUCCAAAUGGCUAUCCCGCUCUUCAUUUUUGCCGCUACUAUUUGCCGAUUCAUUCAAGACCCCUUGUACGACCCCUUGACUCAACUCGGCAAGGUUCUCAGGUACAAAUCCUCGGCCCAGGAUUCUGAGAUGCAGAAACUCGACACGACAUACCGCCCAACGCUUGACCAGCUGAUUGCUGGUAGGACUGGUCGAGCCAAAGAGAAUCUUCUGAGAGACUUCCGAGACGUGGUGGGCGUCAUAGUUCUCUUGGCCGAGCCCCUUUCCAUCUCAAACCUUUCUCGUCUUAUUGACACUCCCAAACCUGUCAUAGAGGGCAUUCUUCGGCACCUACAUUCCGUCCUAAGCGUUCCGAAGUCUUCUCGAGAGCCAGUCAGAAUGUUGCAUUUGUCCUUCCACGAUUUCCUCGUCGAUGAGGAGAUGCAUGAGAUCGACCCCUUUUGGAUCGACGAGCAACAGAUGCACGGCCGAAUUGCAACCAAAUGCCUGGAUUUGCUAAGCUCUGGAAGACACCUGAAGCAGGAUAUCUGCGACCUGGACUUGCCAGGCACUCGGCGUGCAGAUAUUAAGCAAGAAGAUGUCAUCUUGAAGCUCCCAGAUCAAGUUCGGUAUGCAUGUCUGUACUGGACUCAUCACUUGGAGGGAAGUGGUUUAAAGAUUGCCGAUUCACAUCCAGCCUUCGGUUUCCUGAAAGAGUACUUCCUCUUCUGGCUCGAGGCACUGGCCAUUCUGGGAGAGGCACACAACUGCAGCGCCAUGAUUGCUUCUAUACAGUCUCUCGUUGAUGUGGGACUAUCCAGUUUCCUACGAGACGCAGCCCGGUUUGUGGCGAGAUUAGACACCAUCAUCGAUCAGUAUCCGCUCCAGAUAUACGCUUCCGGUCUUGUGUUCGCACCAGAAGAGAGCAUUAUAAAGACAACUUUCCGGAAAUGCAUACCCGAGUGGAUAACGCAGCUGCCUCAAGUUCAACUGGAUUGGGAUGCGAGCCUACGUUCACUUGGAGGUGAGACUGGCUGGGUCUCGGCGAUCGCGUUUGCACCGGAUGACCGGCAUCUUGCAUCAGCUUUAGGCAGAACGGUACGUCUUUGGAACCUCGAUACAGGCAAAGAGGCACAGCGAUUCGAGCAUCCCUGCGACGGCGUCUUAAGCAUGGUCUUCUCCCCUGACGGCAGCUUACUAGCAGCAUCGUCGCCGAAUCAAGGCAUGAUCCUGCUCUGGGACCCGACAACAAAAAAUGAUACUCAUGGCUCGAACGAGCAUGGCGGCCUCAUCCGGCAUCUUGUGCCCUCGCCACGCGGAGACCAAAUUCCGCCACCACACACUAAUGAUUCUGAAGUAAGGGGCUCAGAUCUUCCCCAACACUUUGAGGGGUAUGGUGCACUCGGAUGGUUUGCAUGGAUCACAUGGAAGUCGAGGCCAAUUAUGUGGUUGCCACCCAGCCAUCGACCUUCAGCGUCUUUACGUACUCAGAGACUAUCAUUUUUCAACGGUUCAACCGCCGUUCUCGGAACCGUGUUAGGAGAUGUGUCUAUUCUGAAGUUUGUUGACACACCACCAUGGGAAAGCAGAGGAAAAUCCAGCUCGCAGCGCCCUCUAGGGUUUAUUUAAUAGAGUCUCCGGAGAUAAUAAGAAGUCAAUACUUGACCCUGUG